AUUCCUCUCCCCAACUUCGUGCAGAGUUUGAGAAAAUGUCCUUAGAAGGAGCAGUAAGUAUAGUAGGGAGUGAGGUGAUGCCUCUAGACUAUGGGAGCAUGGACUCAGAGAGUAGUCCAUCUCCUUCUAGUUCGGAGAAGACGGUAGAGGGGGUGAGGGAGAUGAGGUGGUGGAGGUUGUGGGGAAUGAGGUGGCUAGCCGGGGUAGAGGAGAGAGCGUGUUCUGCUCCUCGGGAUCAUUGGAUGCCCAUAUAUUCCCACUAUCUGAUAGUGGGAUUGAGGUUUCCAAUUCCUGAGUUGCUAGUAGAUGAUACGAAGUGGGAUAGGGGGGAUGCCGAGGUGAGGGAGUUAGCAUCCUGGAAGGCUAAAAGAGCCAACCAGAAUAGCGCACAAUGCAUAGAAGCUGCUGAGCUCUAUGGGCCAAGCGCUUUGAGUGAAGCUGAAAUGGAUCAGUUUUUGAACACGGCUGGAGGAGUGGCUAUCCCCAAGAAGCCACGGAAGAAGUCAAGGACUUCAACUAAGCAAGUGGAUGAGGGGAGGGCUAGGAAAGUGGUAGUGCUCGCGACUUCAGCUGAGACAGAGGAGGAGGCGCUGCAGCUGAAGAGGAAGGGUUGGGAGGAGAGGAGAGGAGGAAUGAGCGCGAGCUGGGUGAAUGGUCUAGCCCAGGAGUUCAUGGAUAGCAUGAGGGAGCGCUCACUCUUGCAGAGGCAGUCUGACCAAUUGCAGAAGGAGAAGGAGGAGCUGGAGAAGAAAAAUAAAGAACUGCAAGAGUCGUUGGACGAGGUGGUUCCAACUGUGAAACAGUUGGAACAAGAGAGGGCUUCCUUGAGCACCAAGCUCGUCUUUGAGGAGAGCAAACGAAGGAUCUUUGAAAGCGAGCGUGAGGCUCAGGCGCAAGAAAUAAAGUUGAUGAAUGAGGCUUUCGUGGAGCUGAAGGGGAAUGUGCAGACCUUGGUGCACAAUGGGAUGAAGGAGCACAUCAACAACUUCAUCAGCUCCAGCUCGUUUGACAACAUUGUCAACUUGUACCGGCUGCCCACUGCCAUCAUUGCAUUCACGGACUGCAGAAAGAAGGUGAAGGCAGAAUAUUCUGAAGUGGAUAUUACGAAGAUCACCUUUGGAGAGCAAGAAGAAGGAGUGGAGGAAGACGGUGAGAGCAUGUCAGCAGACUUCCGUCCUCAGAUCAAACUGAUGUGGGAGCGUGAUGUAAACGAACGUGUUGUUUUCCCUCCACAAUUUGACUUCGAGUUUGUUGCAGUGGAGGAAGAAGGGGCAGAGGUAGAGGAAGACGAGGUGGAGGGAGUGGAAGUGGAUGAGAGACAACCAGUUCCAGAAGUGGAGAUUCAUCCAGUUCCUUCCAACGAUGAGCAACCUCCUCUGCCAGACGAGCAAUAGCCAACACAGUCACCUCCUCCAGCUGAGCAAGAGCCAGUUGAGCCACCUCUCCCAGCAGAAUAAUUUUGUUUUUUAAUUUUUUUUGUAAAAAACAUUUAAACAGUUUGUAAUACUGUUAUUAUUUUGAAUGAAAAUUCAUUUUUGAA